CUGUUUUAUGCCGAUUGUUCAUGCCCGCCCUCUCCUCGCUCAAGCGCGACCUAACGGACACGCUCCAGUCGCUCGCGAGUGAGAUUGACCGCUCCGUCGACGUUGACCAGUUCCGCAGCGUCUCCGCCGGCAUCGCGCGCCACGAGGAGAGCAUCGAGAGCCUGUGCGACUCGCUCGCCGUCUUUGAGGAGACAUGCUCGGCACUCACCACGCCCCUCUCGUCGGUCGCCGAGCGGAUCGGCGCCAAGCUGGACGAGCGCGCCAAGCUCAACGAGCAGCGCGAGCGGCUCCGCCUCCUCCAGAGGCUGGCGCAGACGCUGCACCACCUCGAGUCGCUGCUCGACCGGCCGCCGGCGCCGGAGGGCGCGGGAGCGGCCGAGGCGCUCGACGACCUGCUUCGCGCGGCGCGCGAGAUGGGACGGCUGCGCAUCCUGCGAGAGCGAGGCGCCGAGCAGAAGCUCAGGGCGGUCCGCCCCGGACUCGAGCGGUGGGAGCGCGUGCGCAAGACGCUGCUCCGCCAGCUGACUGAUUCACUGCACGCGGCCCUCGCGGCGGGCGACGAGGCGCGCGCGGCACGGGUCGUCCUCGGCUUUGCUGACGCCGAUGCCUCUGCUGAGGCGACGCACUGGCUCCGCUCGGAGUGGGUCGCUCCGCGGCUCGUCCCGCAGCUGAAGGGCGCGGUGGCGAGAGGGACCGAGAGGGACGCGUUGCCGCGGAUCUGCGCCGAGGCCAAGCUCGAGGCGCUGCUGCAGACGCCCGCCGAGCGGCACUACUUUCGGUGCCACCCGGCCGGCGCAGACCUGAUGCGCCGCUUCAACCUGCCCAUCUACUUUCAGCUGCGCGCUGCGACCGCCACUUGCAGCACAGCGCUGCAUGUGACUGCAGCGGUCUCAGUGCUCGCUGCAGGCGCGGCCGUGCUUGCGCAGCUCGGCGGCACUUGCACGGCGCAGCUCGCGCCGGCCCGCGCCAUCCCGGCCCUCUACCGCUUGACCGGCCGCCCGCUGCCGACGGCGGCGUCGCUCUUCAUGCCCGAGGUGACGAGGCCGCUGCGCGACCUGCUUCACCACCAGGCAGGCGAGCGGCUCGGCGAGGCGGCGCGGCGCGAAUGGGCGGCCGAGGUGGGGGGCGUGGUCUGCCGCCACUUUCUGCAGCUGGCGACGUCGAUGCUCGACGGUGUGCGCAAGGACGAGGAGGCGCGGCGUCGGUACGCGAGGAAGGCCGACGCGGCGUCCUCCACGACCGACGCGGACAAGGUGUGCGUCCAGCUUUUUCUCGACGUCGAGGCGCUCGGCGCGCAGCUGCGCGAGGUGGGCGUCGACGCGCCGCGCCUCGCCGACUACUGCGCGCUGCGCGACGCGGUGCGCCCGGACCUGACGCUCAUGGAGAGCAUCGGAGGGGCCGCGUGAGCUUGGCGAGAGCCAGGAAGUAAAGAACCCACAGAUCGCCCAAUGGAGGAGAGUGUGAGUGAGCGCGAGUCGAGUGCAGUCUGUGCACUGUGGCCGCCUGCUGCUCUGGGGUCUGGCCAGUGGCCUGCUGGUGCCUGCUCUCGAUGCUCGCCGUCGCCAGCUGCGAGCUGGGCAGCUCGUUUUAUCUCUAUUUGCGGGGGAAAG